AUGAGUUCCUUGUCAUUUUCCAAGAACGUGGAAAAAUUGUGCAAAUUAGUUAGACGGUUAGAAGCAGUAGUCAAGCAACCUUCAAAAAAUGAAGCUAAAAAAGAGAAAGCUUGUGCUAAAUUAAAAGAGGCAACCAGGAGCGUCCAAGAUGCCUUAGAAAUAUUGCAUUGCUCAAGUGAAGAUGUGAAUGAGAAAUCAUUUGAAGGUGCUUUGUCUGACCGAGGGCUUUUGGGUGUGGCUAAGAAACUUGGUCAUGACUGGAAAAUGUUGGCUACUCACCUUGGCCUGAAGCAAUAUGAGCUUGAGCAAAUUGAACGGGACUAUCCUUAUCAGGCCAUCCAACAGAACCACAAGGUCCUUAUCAUUUGGCGUGAAAAACAGCUUACCAAGCAGAGGUCAGAAGUGAAGAUUCUCAAAUCCCUCAAACAAACAUUACUGUCCAUUAAGCGUCAAGAUAUUGUUGAUCACUGGGAUGGGAUAAUCUAUUCUUCACAAGAUACUACUGUUGAUGAACUGGAUGAAGAGGUAGAUGAUAACAGAAAUGUGACUACUUCUGUUAAUAAUGAGACAGAAAGAGAUGGCAUUGUUUUGGACACUUCAUGUAAAUCUUUCAAGAAAGAAGAAUGUGUAAAUAAAGAUGUCUGUAAUUCCAGCUUAGAUCUGUUGAAAUCUACUGAUAAUAACAAUGGUAUUGUGGAAAACAAGCCUGUUUCAGAAGCGGUCAGUGAUGCUGAAACAGUCGACUUGGAUGAGGAUGCUAGUAAUCAAAGCUUGGAUCUCUUGGAAACUCCAUUUGUAAUCACUCCCAAGAAAGAGGAAUGUAUGAACAAAGAUACCUGUAAUUCCAGUUUAGAUCUGUUGAAAUCUACUGAUAAUAACAAUGGUAUUUUGGAAAACAAGCCUGUUUCAGAAGCGGUCAGUGAUGCUGAAACAGUCGACUUGGAUGAGGAUGCUAGUAAUCAAAGCUUGGAUCUCUUGGAAACUCCAUUUGUGAUCAAUACAAACGAAGGAAGUCCUAAUGAAGACGUCAGCAAUAACAGGGAUGAUGGUGGUACGACAAUGGUGUGGAAAAACCCAGUUAAAGAAGAGAUUAUGAAUAGUUGGGAACCAGAUGUAAUAGACCUUGCAAGUAUUGAUGACUGUUCAUUAGAAGGAAACUUGAAAGAUCACUUCAGUUCAGGAAAAGAGGCUCCACCAGCAGAGAACAAAGCAGGAGAGGAAAUUAAAGGAGAGGAUUCAAGGGAUGACUUCAGUGAUGAAUUCAGCGAUGACAUACUCUUGCAACUGGAUGAAGCAGAAAAAAGUCUGGUACUUGAGAGUUCUAGCAGUGACAUGAGUGGACAUGCUGACCAAGUUGAGGAAAAGGAUGAUUUGGAAAAUCAACCCAGUGAGAGGAAAUAUUUGUCAACUUUGAAACAGUACUUUGGUUAUUCCAAGUUCAGACCCAAGCAGUGGAAGAUUAUUGAAGCAGUGCUCAAUGACCGCCGUGACACUUGUGUCAUCAUGGCCACAGGACACGGUAAAAGUUUAUGCUACCAGUAUCCACCCCUGUUUACUGGUAAAACAGCUGUAGUUAUUUCUCCACUCAUCUCAUUGAUGCAAGACCAAGUAUUGGGACUGAAAGCGGCCAACAUUGAAGCGUGUUUCCUUGGAUCAGCCCAACAGAACAUGACACAGAUCAAGCAUGAAAUGAUGAGGGGAAAGUAUCGUCUGGUGUACAUCACCCCAGAAUUUGCUAGUGCUGCAACAGAUAUCUUGCACAAUCUUGACAAGAGUGUUGGUAUUGAUCUGAUUGCCAUUGAUGAAGCCCAUUGUGUUAGUCAAUGGGGGCACGACUUUCGCUCAGCUUAUCGGUCGUUAGGUAAAUUACGGAGCGCCUUCCCAAACGUACCUAUCAUGGCAUUGACAGCAACAGCCACACCUGAGGUGAAACGGGAUAUCUGUAAAAGUCUCCACCUGAAAAACCCACUGAUAGUCUGUACAGGAUUUGACAGACCAAACUUAUACUUGGCUGUGAGUUCAAAGACUUCCCUGAUUGAGGAUAUUCGUUCCCAGAUGACGAAGAAGGGUUCUCGUUAUGAGUUUGAUGGACCUACCAUCAUUUACUGUCCUACUAAGAAAACUACCAUGGAGGUAGCUGGCUGUUUGUCAGCCAUGCAAGUCUCAUGUCUACCAUAUCACGCCGGUCUCACAGCAAAAUCUAGGGAUGAUGCCCACCAUAAGUUCGUCAAUGAUCAAAUACAGGUUGUAGUUGCCACAGUAGCAUUUGGUAUGGGAAUCGACAAGCCAGAUGUCCGAAGGGUCAUUCAUUAUGGAGCUCCCAAGGAUAUAGAGUCCUAUUAUCAAGAAGUGGGUCGGGCAGGCAGGGAUGGAAUUCCAAGCAGGUGUCAUGUCUUCUUUUCAAACGGUGACUUUAACACUGCCAGGCAUUUCAUUAAUGAAAUUAGAAAUACUGGAUUUAAAGAACACAAAAUGAAGAUGCUUAAAAAAAUGCAGCAAUACCUGGCCAUUGUUGGAAAGUGUCGUCGAAGGUUGUUAUUGGGUCAUUUUGAAAACCGAGACUUGACUGACAUUGGUGGAACUGCAAAUUGCUGCGACAAUUGUCGUAAAAAGAUUGAGAUGAGCCAAAAGCAGAAUUACUAUGACUCCAAGAACUGGUCGAUGGCUGACAGUCUGGUGUCGGACGAGGAACGAGAAUAUGGGAAGGAGGCCAGGAAUUUAUUCUCAGCCAUUGACAUUCUUGGCAACAGAUACGGACUGAUGGCCCCUAUUAAGUUUUUAACAGGAUCUGUUGACAAAAAAGUGCAACGUUUUUCCACUCAUGAAGACUUUGGAUGUGGAAAGUAUAGGAAGGUCAGAUGGUGGAAUGCUUUUGGUAAGGCUUUAAUCCUAGAGGGAUAUCUGAUGGAGCGGCCUCUUGAUUUUGGAUUUGGGUCGGUCGUAGAAAUAUCUCAGAAAGGCAGAAAUUGGCUGACAAAGAAUAGGAAAGUUACAGAUGUGUCGCUCAAGAUGACACCCAGUGCUGCUUUGGCUGCUGAAGAAAGACCUGCUAUCAGCCUUUGUAUUAAACCAUCAAUCCCAGUGGUGACAGCCUCAACUAGUUCAACUUCAAGUUCAAGGAAGGUCAGUCUUGACAAGUUUCAACAUACACCCAAAUCUUCACCUCAAAUCAGACCAGUGGUGGAUGAGGCAACACUUAAACUAAAAGCACAGAUGGCAGCUUUACAGAAUGAACUGUACAAGGAGCUGUUAAAGAGGAGGAAUGAAAUGGCAGGCGAGACUGGAUAUGCUCCGUAUUCUAUUGCCAGCAAUAAAGUUCUGCUUGACAUGGCCAAUAUAAGGCCAAGUACCAAAGAUAUGAUGAUGAAACUAGAGGAUUUCCCACAGGCCAAAGUUCACAAGUUUGGAGACAUGUUCAUCACCAUCCUCACCUCUUUCUGCAUCAAACAUUCAGAGUGUAAAAUGGACAAUUUUCCAGAGAUAGAUGUUGGAAAGGUGUCCUCAAGUCUUGACAUUUGUAAACUAACAGAAACUCAGCGGACAUCCUACAUCAUGUACAAUCAAGAAAAGAUGGAUGUGGGAGAAAUCGCAUCCAGACGUUGUUUUAAAACCAACACGAUUAUAUCUCAUCUCUGCGAGGCAGUGAAAAUUGGUCUGGAGGUUGACAUUCAGAAGUUGGGAGUCAAUUCUCGGAUAGAGCAACUUGUCACAGAGGUUAUAAGAGGUCCUUUAAAAUCAGACAUCAGUUAUUUGACGAAGAUCAAAGACCUUUUGCCCGAAUAUAUUGAAUAUAGUCACAUCAAACUAGUUAUUGCAUCAUUGUCAUGGAAACACGGUCAGGAGGUGCUACCAACUGGGGAGCUGGUCAUCUUAGGUGGUGCUGUAACAUCCUCUCCACUGAAGGGCGCUUCAGUGUCAUCAACAAACAGUGAGCCAGUCCCUUCAUCAGAGUCAGUAGGUUCCCAGGAUGCUUCUCAGCACUCUCAGAACAUGGAGGGGGAAUCAUCGCAAACUACUGGAACGAAACGAAAACUGCCAUCAUGGAUGUCGUCAAAUAAACCAAUGAGCAAAAAAAUGAAGUCAAACCGUCUCUUUCGGUGAUGGAUGAGGGAAUAAAAGGGGAUGAUGUUUUUAUAAGAUACUGUAUCACAUCGAGCAUAAUUGGAUACUUGUGUGUAGUGUGAAUUUAGAACAUGUAACAUGUGUGAGUGCUUUUAUAAAAAUUUGUAUAAUGUUGGUGUCAGUAAAUACAUAUAUAGGGGGAGGGGGGGGGAAUGUGAUGGACAGAAAAAUUUGAUUUCUAAAGCAGCACAGAGAAAAUAAGCAUUGUUUCAGAAUUGAUAAUACUGUAUACCUGGUUAUUUUUGCCCUUGACCAUUAUACACUAAUUCGCCCCGUGUUCAUUUUGCCCUCUGGGAUUAUAUAAAAAGAGAUUUUGUCUUACACGUUCAUGGACAAAAAAGGGCAAAAAUUAAAUUGAGACAAAAAUUUUGUGGUGUACAUUAAUUGUCCUGUGUAUUAUUAGUGCUAUAAUAUAUACCUUCAAAGAUUUAUAUCAUGAUAAAUAAAGUUUAUGAUCAGAUAUUUAAUAGGUAAUUGUCAGGUUUCACAGUUAUGUAAAGAUUAAAUACCUGUAUAUAAAUGUUUAAAACCAUGAUAUUAACCUUGAGAGGCAUUUGUUAUAGGACUACAUAUAUAUGAUGAUUUUAAAAAUAAGUAUAAUUUAGACUCCUGACUAACAGGAUAUUUUAAAAUGGACUAGAUUACCGCAGUGAUAUGAAAUAUGAACAUGACAGUGAUAGAUGAGGAAAAAUAUAUACUGGAAAUAUAAACAGUACCUUAUUCAAUGUGAUAUUCAUAAAAGUCAAUGCAAAUUGUUUGUCUGCUGCUUUUGGAGACAAAAUGAUGAUUAAAAUUAUUUGUUAUGUUGUUAAAUGUGAUUUGCUCAAUCAAAGAAUGGAAGGGGGUUAUAUGAUAAUGUUGUCUACCACUCCAUCCAUACACAUCACCAUUUCCCGACAACAAUGUUAAUACUUCUGAAACAUUCAAUAAUAAACUUCACACAAUGCUUUCUAAAUGUGAAUGGUUUUUUAGGGAUUGCUUUUGAGGUCAGAAAAUAUUAAUGUCAAGGUCACUGUGAUUUCAGAUAGAUGAUUUUACCUGAUAAUCAUAUUCGGAAAAUAAAUUGAAUUCUCAUGGACCAAUCAAACUCAACACUUUCACGUCCUGAUAGCUUAUUGGGAGUACAUGCUGGCGAAUUUUAAUCCUUUGACAAUACCUUUGUUAACUUUUAGAUUUGAAGAAUAAGUAUGUAGAAAAAUUAUUUGAUUUGUGUAUAUGAAAGAUUAAUUUUUAUGAUAAUUUCCAUCAAUAUUUUUGUGAAUCAUUAGAAGUCGAGAUGUUUGAUAAUAUGACUUUUGCUAAGAAUCAAAAUCAACCAACUUCCAUCAAUCAGUACCAAAAUACUGGUGUGUGCUAGGAAUGAUUAACGUAAUCACUCAUGCUAAUCACCGGGGUUUUCCCCAUGGUCUCUGGUUUCCUUCCACACUGGGACCCCUUGUGUGCUUCCAUCCGAGCCAACAAAAGUAAUUAAUAUAAGUUGGAAAAACUUGCUUUGCAAUUGUUGUAAGAUCAAUAGUUUACUUUAGUAAGAUCACUUGAUGUUAAAAUUUGUAAUCCAUUUGUUUGAAUUGGUUUGGAAUUAAAUUAUUCUUUACAACAUUUAGAAUCGAAUACUGAGACCUAUGUAAUCAGGUUUUUUGAUGCCCUCCAAUAAGGAAAAUAAGGUAGUAUUUCAUCUAGUUAAACAAGUCUGGGAUUCCCGUAACAGAUGUGAAAAGGUAGGGGGUCACCUUUGUGACCUCAUAGGUAUAAAUCGAGUACUCCCUUUCACAGGAAAACUCCUCACAUGUUUACAAGUGUGCCAGAAAGAGUGAUUUGUAUAAGUUGAAAUAACUUGUUAUAAAAUAAAUGAAAUUUAUAAACAAGAAAUGAGAAACAAUUUGUUAUAAUGUUUCUUUUGUUGAUUUUGAUGAUUAAUUAGCAUGAUGUGAUAUAACAAUAAUUGUGAUGUGUUAUUAAGUGGUGGUAUGACACAGCCAAUCCUUUCUAUUACAGCUCUUCACUUACUUAUCAGAGAUUGUCCUGAUGUUAUCUCCCUUGUCACUGUAUUCUCAUUAACUCCAUCUAGACUCCUGUUCUAAUACAGAAAAGUCCUUACGGAUACUACACAGCUUUUAAUGUGUAAUCAUAUGUUCUAAUACAGAAAAGUCCUUACGGAUACUACACAGCUUUUAAUGUGUAAUCAUAUGUUCUAAUACAGAAAAGUCCUUACGGAUACUACACAGCUUUUAAUGUGUAAUCAUAUGUUCUAAUACAGAAAAGUCCUAACAGAUACUACACAGCUUUUAAUGUGUAAUCAUAUGUUCUAAUACAGAAAAGUCCUUACGGAUACUACACAGCUUUUAAUGUGUAAUCAUAUGUUCUAAUACAGAA